AUGAAAAUAUUUUUUUAAAGUAGGAUUGAUCUUGAAUUUUUUGUCAAAUAUCUAUUGGAAUACAAAAAAUAAUUUGCGAUGACAUCAAUCAAUUUUAAUGAAGAAGAAAGAAGCAAUUAUAUAAAUAAAGUAUUAAAUUUUAGAAUUCUAGAUUAAAUUUCCUAAAAUAAAUAAAUAACAUAAAAAAAUAUCAAAUUAUAACUAAGAAUAUUUGAAUUUAUGUUUUUUUGAUAUAAAUUAUCAAUUUGUUGAAAAUUCUUGAAUUAAAAUUGAUAUUUUUGGGUAAAACUUAUAAGUCAAAAAUAAAUACUUAUAUUUCGAAAUUAAUCCUUCAGUCAUUUAUUAUUUUAUUAAAAGAACAAAAUACUGAAUACUAUUGAUAAAUUAGAUAUUUUUGGGGUUCCAAUAAGUUUUUUAACUAAUGCUAAGACUUCUUUAUAAUAAAGUAGGCUUGGUGGAUUAAUUACUUUUUUGAUUGGAAGCAUUAGUUUAACAUAUUAUUUAUUUUUAUUCAUAUUAUUGAUUGAUCAUCAAAUACCUCCUGUUGUGAAUUUCAAGCAAUAAACUAUAUCAUAUGCAGAAUAUUAGUUGUCAGACUCUAUUAUUCAAUUAGAAUUUUAAGAUUUUUUGGGUGGUGUAGAUCCGUUCAGAAAGAAAAUAAUAUCAUCACUCCUAAAUUAUAUCGAAUUAUUAAUUCAACUAUCGUUGAUAAACUAAUUCCAUUAUUUAGUAGUAUAGAUAAGCCUUCUAAAAUAUUAAUAAAUGAUGGCACUUUUGUUUUAAACAAUGGAAAUACUGGAAAUGAUGAGAACUUGGAUAUGAAAUAAUUAUUGCUUGUUUUAGAAGGCUGUUCUAAUCUAACUACUGUGUCUGGAAGUUAUUGUGCUGAUGAAAAUGUAAUAACAGAGUAUUUAUCUAAAUUUCAUGGGUUUCUAUUCUUAACUAUUUAUUUAAAUUAAUUUUAAAGGUAAAUUAGAAUAAAAAAAUAAUAUUAUACGGCCUUAGAACCUUCUAAACCUUUAUAUUCAUAAGUUAUGCUUAAGUAAUAAGAAUCUAUUAUUGAUGAUGGAAUAUUAUUUAAUAAUUAUCAAAAUUACUAAUUUUUAAACAAUUAUGAGUUAAUUCAUUAACAAGUUGAUCAUUUCUUCACUUCUUAGGUGGUAGUUCAAAUUUUUAAAUCAAAUUUUAAUGUAGGAAAUCCCAUAAAAUAGUAGCAAUAAUUCACUUGA